GCGGCUCCCGCCCUCCCCUCGCAGAGGAGGAGGAGGAGGAGGAGGAGGAGGAAGGGGGGGCCGCCGCGCCGGGGGCGGCCCAGCAGGACUACUUUCCUCUGAAAAUGGCUGCGUCGGGGAACACUUUCUGUUCAGUUUCUUGAAGCCCUUCGUUGUAGGGGAGGAAAACGGGGGGCCGCGGGCCUCUGCGGAGGGACGGCGGGAGGCAGGAUGGACGAGCAGAAACCGCCCGGCGAGGACAAGGACGCGGAGACGCCAGCCGACGGGGCCGCGUCCUCGGAGGAGGCGGGCAGCGCGGAGGGAGACCCCCUGAAGCCGCCCGAAGGCGCCUCGGCGGGGCCGGAGCCGGAGGGCACGGAGGAGCCUCCCCAGGCCGGCAGCGCCCCGGCACGCCGCUGCGCCCUCUGCAACUGUGGGGACUGGAGCCUGCACGGGCAGCGGGAGCUGCAGCGCUUCAACCCGCCGCCCGACUGGCCCCAGCGGCCGGCGGCGCCCGAGGCUGCCGGAGAGCCCGGGCCGGGGCCGGCGCCGCCGGGGGACGACUUGGCGCAGGUCGGCUUCUCCGAGCCGGUGUCGCCGGCGCAGCUCUUCGAGCCGACAGGGCACUGCUGGGUGCACCGCUGCUGCGCGGCCUGGUCGGCCGGGGUGCUGCCGGCGGCGGCGGGGCUGGCCCACGUGGACAGAGCAGUUUUCUCAGGGAUCUCACAGAAAUGUGAACACUGCCGGAGGAUGGGGGCCACCAUCCCGUGCCGGGCGGCCGGCUGUCCCCGGCUCUACCACUUCCCCUGCGCCGCGGCCAGCGGCUCCUUCCAGUCCAUGAAGACGCUGCGGCUGCUGUGUCCGGAGCACGUGGCCGAGGCGGCGCAGAUGGAGGACGCCCGGUGCGCGGUGUGCGACGGGCCGGGCGACCUGCGGGACCUGCUCUUCUGCACCAGCUGCGGGCAGCACUACCACGGCGGCUGCCUGGACGUCGCCCUGACGCCCCGCACGCGCGCCGGCUGGCAGUGCCCCGAGUGCAAAGUGUGCCAAACGUGCAGGCAGCCCGGCGAGGACUCCAUGAUGCUGGUGUGCGAGGCCUGCGACAAGGGCUACCACACCUUCUGCAUGGAGCCGGCCAUCGAGAGCCUCCCCACCGACUCCUGGAAGUGCAAGAGCUGCCGCGUUUGCUCCGCGUGCGGCCUGCGCCCGGCCGGCCUCGACCCCGGCUGCCAGCGGUACAAGAACUGCUCGGUGUGCGAGGGGUGCCAGGAGCAGCGCAGCGCCGAGGACGCCCGCGGGGACCCGGCCGCCGGCCCCCCGCCGGCCCCCGCUGCCCCAGCGCCGGCGUCCCCCGAGCGCGGCGAGACGGUCGACGUGCCCAUGCGGCAGCCCGAGCCCGCGGAGCCCGGCGAGGAGCCACAGCCCGGCGGGGAGCCCCCGGACGGUGGCGGGGAGCCCCCGGAUGGUGGCGGGGACCCCCCAGACGGCGGUGGGCCACCCCCGGACGGCGGCGGGGCAUCCUCGGACAGCGAUGGGGCCCCCGUGGAUGGUGUCGGGGCAUCCUUGGACAGCGGUGGGGCACCCCCAGACGACGGCAAGGCACCCCCGGAUGGUGACGAAGCACCCCCAAACGACGGCGAGCCGCCCCCCGACGAGCUGCCCCCCAACGAGCCACCUCCCAGCGAGCUGCCGCCUGAUGAACCACCCCCCGACGAACCACCCUCCAUCGAGCUGCCCCCCAUCGAGCUGCCGCCCGUUGAGCUGCCCCCGGUUGAGCCGCCCCCCGAGGAGGACCCCGAGCUGCCCCCCCAGGAGGACCCCGAGCCACCCCCCGAGGAGGACCCCAAGCCACCGGGUCUCCUCCCCGAGGUGGACGUGGCGGAGGAGGCGCCUGCCCUGGCCCCCGAGGUGCCCCUCGAGGUGCCCCCCGACGAGGAGAUGGAGCUGGAGCCGGAGCCGCUGCUGCCCCCCGAGGUGGCUCCGCCGCCCCCGGCGCCUCCAGAUCUCCGCGCCGUCUCGCCCGCCCGCCCCCCGCCCCCCUCGCCCGCUGCCGCGGAGGACGAGGUGCCCGAGCCGCCCGCCCCGGCCCUGCCCGAGCCCCCCGGCAGCCCCGGCGCCGCCAUGGACACGGAGCCCCCCGGCUCCCCGCCGCCCCCGCUGGGCUCCCCCGCCUGCGCCCCGGCCCCCGCCGAGCCCCCCGAGGACGAGGAGAUGGAGACGGCCGGCGGCGAGGGGGCCUCGCCGGCCAGCCCCCCCGGAGACGGCCCCCGCGCCAGCCCGGCCCCGGAGCUGGGGCCCUUCCCGGGCUUGCCCGAGGAGGAGGAGGAGGAGGAGGAAGAGGAGGCGCCGAGGCUGGAGCGGGAGGGCACCAGCGGGAGCUCCCCGCCGCUGAGCGAGGAGGACGGGCUGGAGGAAGGCAGGCCGGGGGGGGACCCCGAAGCCAAGGGCUCCCCCGAGCCGCUGGAGCCGGAGGAGCUGGGGCCCGAGACGCCCAUGGAGGUCUGCGCCGCCGGGGAGAAGCUGCUGGGGCGCGGGGAGGAGGGGGGGCCCGAGCCCCCCGCCCUGCGGCCCCGGCCCGACAUCCUCAACGAGAUCUCGAACCUGAGCCAGGGCGACACGAGCAGCAGCUUCCCCGGCUCGGAGCCGCUGCUGGGCUCGCCGGACCCCGAGGGCGGCGGGUCGCUCUCGCUCGACCUGGCCCUGGCCGCCGCCGACGGCAGCCUGCAGAAGGAGGACGGCGGCUCGCUGCCGCUGGGCGCCGAGACGGACGACUCGCUGGUCUUCGAGCCGGCCGCCAAGGGCGACGGGGACAAGAGCCGGCGCCGCAGCUCCCCGGGGCGCUCCCGCGUCAAGCAGGGUCGCAGCAGCAGCUUCCCCGGGCGGAGGCGCCCCCGAGGUGGGUCCCACGGGGGCCGGGGCCGGGGCCGUGCGCGCCUGAAGUCGACCACCUCGUCCGUUGACACCCUAGCACUCGCCGACGUGGAGAGCUCGCCCAGCAAGGAGGAGGACGAGGACGAUGACGACACCAUGCAGAACACGGUCGUCCUCUUCUCCAACACCGACAAGUUUGUGCUCAUGCAGGAUAUGUGCGUGGUGUGCGGCAGCUUCGGGCGCGGGGCCGAGGGGCACCUCCUGGCCUGCUCCCAGUGCUCCCAGUGCUACCACCCCUACUGCGUCAACAGCAAGAUCACCAAGGUGAUGCUGCUGAAGGGCUGGCGCUGCGUGGAGUGCAUCGUGUGCGAGGUGUGCGGCAAGGCCUCCGAUCCCUCCCGCCUGCUGCUCUGCGACGACUGCGACAUCAGCUACCACACGUACUGCCUGGACCCGCCGCUGCAGACCGUGCCCAAGGGCGGCUGGAAGUGCAAGUGGUGCGUGUGCUGCGUGCAGUGCGGGGCCGCGUCGCCCGGCUUCCACUGCGAGUGGCAGAACAACUACACCCACUGCGCGCCCUGCGCCAGCCUCGUCGUCUGCCCCGUCUGCCGCGAGAAGUACGUGGAGGACGACCUGCUCAUCCAGUGCCGGCACUGCGAUCGGUGGCUGCACGCGGCGUGUGACAGCCUGUUCACGGAGGAGGAGGUGGAGCAGGCGGCAGACGAGGGCUUCGACUGUAGCGCCUGCCAGCCCUACGUGGUCAAACCCACCGUCCCCGUGCCUCCUCCGGAGAUUGCCUCGGUCAAAAUCAAGGAGCCAGAGCCCCAGUACUUCCGCUUCGAGGGGGUCUGGCUGACGGAGACGGGCAUGGCCGUGCUCCGCAACCUCUCCAUGUCGCCCCUGCACAAGCGCCGGCAGCGCAAGACGCGGCCGGGCACCCUCAACGGCGACGGCGUCCUGGAGGGGGGCGACCCGCUGGGCCCCGACGACAAGAAGGACGGCGACCUGGACGCCGACGAGCUGCUCAAGGCUGAAGUGGGCGUCGAGCACAUGGAGUGCGAGAUCAAGCUGGAGGCUCCGGCCAGCCCCGACCGCGACGGCGGCGCCGACGUGGACUCGGGCAAAGGGCUGGAGGACCCGGAGGAGUGCAAGAAGAGGAAGCGCAAGCCAUACCGUCCCGGCAUCGGCGGCUUCAUGGUGCGGCAGCGCAAGUCCCACACCCGCCUGAAGAAGGUCUCGGCAGUGCUGGCCGAAGUGGGGCGCGAGGGGCUGAGCGCCGAGGGGCACCCGGAGGAUGGGGCUCCGGGAGACCUCCCGGCGGAGGGCGGCCUGGACCCGGGCUCGGCAGAAGGGGACGAGAAGAAGAAGCGCCGGGGGCGGAAGAAGAGCAAGCUGGAGGACAUGUUCCCCCCCUACUUGCAGGAGGCGUUUUUCGGGAAGGCGCUCAUGGACCUGAGCCGGAAGGCGCUGCUGGCGGCGGGCGGCGUGGGGGACGGGGCUGCCCGCCCCUGCCUGGGCCAGGGCGCCCCACGGCCCAAGGGGGACCCCAACGUGGCCGGGGCGCUGCAGGGUGCCCCCCCUGAGAGAAGGGAGACCCCCACCCACCCUCGAGGGGACGACAGCACCGAUGGCAGCGCCGCGGCCCCUGAUGAUGACGCCAAGGACGAGGCAAAGGCCGAGGAACUGGGGGCCGAGGAGCUGAAGGAUUCCCCGGACCCUGGGGACGCCGAGAAGCCGGCCACCCCCGGCGAGGGCGCCCUGAGCUCCGACCUUGACAAGAUCCCCACGGAAGAGCUGCCCAAAAUGGAGAGCAAAGACGUCCAGCAGCUCUUCAAGGACGUGCUGGGCUCCGCGGAGCGUGGGGAGCAGCCCCUGAACUGCGUGGCAGCAGGCAUGGAGGCCGGCGUCGGAGGGCAGGACCCCAGCCGGGCGCAGCUCUCCCAGCGGCCCUUCCUGCAAGGAGACCUCCAGCUGCCGGGACAGGGGAGUGUUUCCCUGGGGUCGCUCUCCGGCACUGUCUCUUUGGAGUCGUAUUCGGGAGUCUGCCAGUCCCCGUUCCUUGACAGCAGGGAGCGGAGCGGCUUCUUCAGCCCGGACCACUGCGAGCCCGAAAGCCCCUGGGCCAGCAGCUCGGCCGCCACCACCCCUUCGACGCCCACGACACCCACCACGGAGGGCGAGGGCGACGGCUUGUCCUACAACCAGCGCAGCCUGCAGCGCUGGGAGAAGGACGAGGAGCUGGGCGAGCUCUCCACCAUCUCGCCCGUGCUCUACGCCAACAUGAACUUCCCCAACCUCAAGCAGGAUUAUCCAGACUGGUCGAGCCGCUGCAAACAGAUCAUGAAGCUCUGGAGAAAGGUCCCCGCCACAGACAAAGCCCCCUAUUUGCAAAAGGCCAAAGAUAACCGGGCAGCUCAUCGCAUCAACAAGGUGCAGAAGCAGGCCGAGAGCCAGAUCAACAAGCAGACCAAAGGGGAGGGACUGCGCAAGCCCGAGAGGCCCUCGCUGCACCUGCGGAUCCCGGUGCCGCCGGGGGCACAGCCCGUCUACAUCGGCAGCCCGCCUGCCACGGGCGAGGGCUUCCUGAAGCCCCCGGCGGGCACCGGAGGGGGGCCGGAGUCGCCCAGCGAGCUCUUCCUUAAGCUCCCGCCCCAGUCCCCCGCCCAAGUGCCUUCGCACGAUCCCUACGGCGCGGCGCCUGCCUACGCGCUGGAGCCGCGCUUCCCCUCUCCCCUAGGCCAGAGCCCCACGGCCGGCGCUGCCUUCCAGCCCUUCCCUGGCCAGCCCCAGCCCCAGCCCCAGCCCCAGCCCCAGCCCCUGCCUGGCCCCCGCGCAGUCCCCGGCUCCCAGCCCCCCGAUUUCCACCCCACGCCGCCCGGCACCCCCCGCCAUCAGCCCGGUACCCCCGACCCCUUCCUGAAGCCCCGCUGCCCCUCCUUGGACAACCUCUCGGUGCCGGGGAGCCCCGGGGCCCGGCCCCCCGAGGCCCUGCUCUCGCCCCUGCCCUUCGGGGAGCAGAAGAAGGGCCUGGAAGUGAAGAAGGAGGAAGGGGGGGCCCUGGGGGUCUGCUCACCCGGGUAUGCCCCCGCCGCGGGCUACGGCGACUCCCCGGGCGGCCCCCACCUCUCCGCCGCCGAGCUGAAAGCGGCCGACGUCUUCAAAGCCCCCCUGACCCCACGGGUCUCUCAGGUAGAGCCGCAGAGCCCGGGGCUGGGGCACCGGCCCCCCGACCCCCAUCCCCUGGCCCCCUCGCCCCCCGGCCACCCCGACCUCUACCGCCAGUCGCCCUACUCGGACCCCUACUCGCAGCCGCCGCUGACGCCCCGGCCGCAGCCCCCCGAGGGCUGCUGCGCCCUCCCGCCGCGCUCCCUGCCCUCGGAGCCCUUCUCCCGCGUCCCCGCCAGCCCCCAGUCCCAGUCCAGCUCCCAGUCCCCCCUCACCCCCCGGCCGCUCUCCAACGAGGCCUUCUGCCAGUCGCCCGUCACCCCCCGCUUCCAGUCCCCCGACCCCUACUCCCAGCCGCCCUCCCGGCCCCAGUCCCGGGACCCCUUCACCCCCCUGCACAAGCCCCCCCGGCCCCAGAUGCCGGAGCCGGGCUUCAAGGCGGUGCCGCUCUCGCACAGCCCGGCGGCCGGCGGGGGCUUCGGGGGCACCCCGGCAGGCGAGCCCCACGCCAAGGCGCCGGGGGGGCAGCAGCCCCCCUUUGCCCGCUCCCCCGGCGCCAGCGUCUUCCCGGGCGGCCAGCCCCCGAUGCGCUUCACCUUCCCCCCGGCCGUCUCGGAGCCGCUCAAGGGCUCCCCGUCCCACCAGCCCCACGGGAUCAACAGCCAUUACGUCCCCGGCAAGCCCCAGAGCUCGGCCUACGCCUCCUCCCCCGGCUUCCACCAGGCCGGCAGCCCGCUGGGGCCGGGCGCGGGGGCCGCCGAGACCUACAGCCUCUCGCCCCUGCGGCCCCCCUCGGUGCUGCCGCAGCAGCCCCCGGCCGCCCCGCAGCAGCAGGACGCCUCCGUCGCCUACCUGCCCCGAGCCGCGCUGGGGCCGCCGGCCGACAAGAGGGAGGAGGCGGCCGCCGGGCUCUCGGCACCCCCAAACCGGGAGCUGGCCGAGCUGCCGAGCGGCCAGGACGGGGCCCUCGGCUCCAUGAGCCAGUCGGAGCUGGAGAAGCAGAGGCAGCGCCAGCGGCUCCGCGAGCUGCUCAUCCGCCAGCAGAUCCAGCGCAACAGCCUGCGGCAGGAGAAGGAAAGCGCUGCCGCGGCCGCCUCGUCGUCGCCGGCGGCCUGGGCCCCCGAGGCCGGUAGCCAGAGCUUCGAGCUGAACCGCGGCAUGGUGCCGUACCAGCCGGCACAGGACAAGGGCCUCCUCGGGACGCUGGCCACCGCGGCCGGCGGGGGGAAGCUGCCCGGCUCCGUCAUGGUGCAGGCAGCGUUCGCGCCGGACGAGCGGCUCUCCCGGCCCCCGCCACCCGCCACGCCGUCCGCCCUGGACAUCAACGGGAGGGCGGCGGUGGGGCCUCCCCAGGCCUUCUACCCCCGCGGCGUCUUCCAGGCGCCGUCCCCGCAGCAGCACCUCUGGCAGCAGCAGCAGCAGCAGCAGCAGCAGCAGCAGGCAGCCGCGGCCCUGCGGCUCCCCGUCGCCUCCCGCUUCGCCCCGCCGGCCGCCGGCACCGCCGUGGGCGGCCUGGGCACCCGUCUGCCGGCGCCCGCCGAGCCGGUGCCCGCCUCGCCCGGCGCCCUGGGCGCCCCUUUCAUCGAGCUGCGACACAACGUGCAGAAGGGACCCGGCGGGGUCGUGGGCUCCCCCUUCGCCCCGCAGCCGCCCCGGCCGCGGUUUUUCCUGCCGGGGGAGGAGGGCGCCCCGCAGGGCCUCUGCGCCCCCGUGAUGCCCGUCCAGGCGCUCCCCGCCCCGGCGCUGCAGCCCCCGAAGAUGCCGGUGGCUCUGCCGCCCGCCUCCCCGCAAGGCGCCGAGAUGAGCAACAGCCACCACCAGCCCCACGCCAAGGCGGCCGCCCCCGCGCCCGGCCUGGAGCUGCAGCACGUCCCCCCGCGCCCGCUGGCCUCCGGCCCUGCCCUCCGCCCCGAGGGCGCCAAGGACAGCCCCGCUCCCGACCCCGCGCCGGCUCCGGCCCCGGGCAAGAGCCACCUGAGCCUGGAAGGGGGGCGGCUGCCCUGCGAGGUCCCGGUAGAGCCCGAUUUGGACGACGACUUCGGCUCCCACAAAGACCUGGAAGACGACGACGAUUUGGCCAACUUGAGCCUGGACCCGGAUGUGGCUAAAGGGGACGACGACCUGGACAACCUGGACAGCCUGGAGACGGCGGACCCCCACCUCGAUGACCUGCUGAACGGUGACGAGUUCGACCUGCUGGCCUACACCGACCCCGAGCUGGACACCGGCGACAAGAAGGAUAUCUUCAACGAGCACCUCCGCCUGGUUGAGUCGGCCAACGAGAAGGCCGAGCGCGAGGCCCAGCUCAAGACGGAGCCACCGGCGCCCAGCUUGAAGCUCCCUGACCCCGGGGACAGCAAGGACACGGCUCCAGCUGCGGAGGACCGGGAGGCGGCCAAGGAAGGGCUGGUGCCGGGGGUGGGCUUGGCGCCUGCUCCCGGCGCGCCGGGCACCGCGCUGGCCCCUGACUCAGCCCUCAAGACGCAGGGCCUGGAGGCGAAGGCGGGCGCGCUGCCUGCGGACGUCAAGCCCAAGCUGGAGGACGGUUGCCUGAAGACAUCUCCCUGCCAGUUCACUGCUGGUGGCCCCGAGCGGCUCCCGGUCCCCAUCAAGUCGGAGGCCCUGCAGGGCACAGAUAAAAUCUCCGUCUCCCUCGGACUGACCCUGAAAUCGGGCCAGACCCUCCUGAGCCCCGGGGCUGGCCCAGCUCGCCUUGGCUUGACUCACUUCCCGAACAGCGGCCACGCCGGCGUCCCCAUGCUGGAUAAGGACCCCUACGCCGGCCCCGGCCGCGGGCUGGCCUCAGCCCAGCUGGGCAGCCAGAGCAGCCCCUUGCUGGAGAAGUUCGAGCUGGAUGGCGGUGCCCUGGGCCUGGGCAGCGCCCGACACUCGCCGGCCGAUGACCUGGACAAGAUGGAGAGCUCGCUGGUGGCCAGCGAGCUGCCUCUGCUCAUCGAGGACCUGCUGGAGCACGAGAAGAAGGAGCUGCAGAAGAAGCAGCAGAUGUCGGCCCACCUGCCCCGGGGGGCCCCGCCGCACCUCCCGGCCCCGGGGCACCCCAUGAUGCACCCCACGGCGCCCGGGCAGCCCCCCGAGGGACAGGCGCCCCGCCUGGGCGCCCCCCAGCCGCCCCUCCAGCUGGGGCUGAUGCCCCGGCAGCAGCUGAUGCAGCCGCAGCAGUCGCGGCUCGGGGUGCCGCAGCAGGGCCCGGCGCUGGCCGGGCACAUGGGCAUGGCGCCGGCGCAGCCCCACGUCCUGGCGGCCCCCCACGGCGUGCAGGUGGCCCUGCCGCAGCAGCAGGGCCAGCAGCAGGUGCUGGUGCAGAAGCCGAUGGCCGGGGUGCAGCCACCCGCCCUGGGCCUGAAGCCGCCCCAGCUGGUCAUGCAGCAGCAGCUGGCCAACAGCUUCUUCCCGGACACAGAUCUGGACAAGUUCGCCGCGGAGGACAUCAUGGACCCCAUUGCCAAGGCGAAGAUGGUGGCGCUGAAGGGCAUCAAGAAGGUGAUGGCUCAGGGCAGCAUUGGCGUGGCCCCGGGUAUGAACAGGCAACAGGUUUCCCUGCUGGCCCAGCGGCUCUCGGGAGCCCCGACCGUUUCCGAGAUGCAGAACCACAUGCUGGCAGGAGGCGGGCAGGAACGGAGCGGCACCGACCCGGCUCAGGCUCGUCCCAACCCACCCACCUUCGCGCAGGGCGUCAUCAACGAGGCCGACCAGCGGCAGUACGAGGAGUGGCUCUUCCACACCCAGCAGCUGCUGCAGAUGCAGCUGAAGGUGCUGGAGGAGCAGAUCGGGGCGCACCGCAAGUCGCGCAAGGCGCUCUGCGCCAAGCAGCGCACCGCCAAGAAGGCCGGGCGCGAGUUCCCCGAGGCCGACGCGGAGAAGCUGAAGCUGGUGACGGAGCAGCAGAGCAAAAUCCAGAAGCAGCUGGACCAGGUGCGGAAGCAGCAGAAGGAGCACACCAACCUCAUGGCCGAGUACCGCAACAAGCAGCAGCAGCACCAGCACCAGGCCUCGGCCGUCAUGGCCCUGAGCCCCUCGCAGAGCCCCCGCCUCAUGUCCAAGCUCCCCGGGCAGCUGCUCUCGGCGCACGGCGUGCAGCAGCCGCUCCCGCAGCCCGCGGGGGCCGUGGGGGGCCUGGGCCAGCAGCCGGGGCAGCCCGGCGGCCUGCGCCUGCCCCAGGGCGGCGUGUCCAUGGCCGUGCAGCAGGGCCUCUCCUUCAUGGGCCAGCAGGCCGUGGGCAGCGCCCCGGUGCCCGGCACCUCCAACGCCUUCUUCCCCGGGAGCCCCGCGCUCCGCGGGCUGGCCGCCGACAGCCGCCUGAUGCAGGAGAGGCAGCUCCAAAGGAUGCAGUUGGCCCAGAAGUUGCAGCAGCAGCAGAACAUGCUGGGGCAGGUGUCCCUGCAGCAGCAGCAGCCGGGUGUCAUGGGACAGGCGUCGAUGCAGCAAUCGGGUGUCAUGGCACAGGCAUCAAUGCAGCAGCCAGGCGUCAUGGCACAGGCGUCGAUGCAGCCGCAGGGCGUCAUGGGACAGGCGUCAAUGCAGCAACCAAGCAUCAUGGGACAGGCGUCGAUGCAGCAGCCUGGUGUCAUGGGACCGGCGUCGAUGCAGCAACCAGGUGUUGUGGGACAGACGUCGAUGCAGCAAUCUGGUGUCAUGGGACAGGCGUCAAUGCAGCAACCAGGUGUCAUGGGACAGGCGUCGAUGCAGCCGCAGGGCAUCAUGGCGCAGCCGUCGAUGCAGCAGCCGGGCGUUAUGGCGCAGGCGUCGAUGCAGCCGCAGGGCAUCAUGGCACAGACGUCGAUGCAGCAGCCGGGCGUCAUGGGACAGACGUCGAUGCCGCAGCAAGGCGUCAUGGCGCAAGCCUCGAUGCAGCAGCCGGGCGCCAUGGGACAAGCACCGAUGCAGCAGCCCGGCCUCGUGGGCCAAGCCAGCUUGCUGGGGCAGCAGCAGCAGCAGCAGCCGCCGGCGGCCGCCCCGCAGCAGGGCACCGUGGGGCAGCCCAUGGGGCCGAAGCAGCCGGGGCUCAUGGGCAGCCAGCAGGGCAUCCUGGUGCAGCAGCUCUCGCCGCAGCAGCAGCAGCAGCAGCCGGGCUUGCUGGGCCACGCGCAAGCGCUGCAGCACCAGGGCGUGCUGGGCCACCCGGCGCCCCAGCGGCAGGUGCUCCUGGCCCCCCACCAGCAGCGGGUGCUGGGCUCGUCCCAGCUGGUGCCGCAGACUCCGGGGAUGAUGGGCCACCGGCUGGUGCUGUCCCAGCAGCUGGGGCAGUCGCGGGCGCUGCUGGCCCCGCAGCAGCCCAGCGCCGUAGCACAGCACGCGGCCGCCCAGCCCGGCCUCCUGGGGCUGGGCCAGGGGCAGCCCCCGAUCCAGCACUUUCCGCAGCACGGGGCUCUGGGCCAGGCCCCCUCCGUGCUGCACCUGAGUCAGGGAAUGCAGCCGGCCCCGGCGGUCCUGGCCGCCAAGGACCAGCCGGGAGGGGCGGAGGGCAGCGCCCUGCCCGCCGAGGGCACCGAGAGCGGGGGGCAGCUGCAUGGGGGCCCCCAAGAGCAGCAGGGCGCCCUCAACGCCCCGGGCCUGGGCGGCCCCGAGCCCCCGGCCCAGCUGGGCCUCCCGCCGGCUCCGAAGCACCAGGCCGAGCUGGGGCAGAGCCAGCAGCUCCUCUUGGCCUCCCCGCAGCCCGGCGUCGCGGGCUCGCAGCAGGCGCUGCGGCCGCAGCCGGCCGCCCUGCUCCACCAGCCGCUGCCGAGCCCCGCGGCGAGGCCGGAGCUGCCCCAGCAGCACGGGGACGCUGCCGCCGGCCCCGCCGCCGAGCCGGGCUGCGGCCCCGGCCAGGCGCAGGGCAUGGCACUGCAGCCGGCGCCGCGGCCCCCGGGGCAGCCCCCCGGGCCCGAGCAGCCGGGCAAGGGGCCGCCGGGUGCCGGUGGCCAGCUGCAGCCCCCGCGCCUCCAGAGCCCCGGGCAGCACAAAGCGGGGCCGGCGCCGCAGCCCGGCGCCGCGCUCCCCCAGGGCCUCCUGGGCCAGGUGCCGGCGCCGGUGAUGGGCCAGAUCCGGGCGCAGCUUCAGGGCGUCCUGGCCAAAAACCCGCAGCUGCGGCACCUCACGCCCCAGCAGCAGCAGCAGCUCCAGGCCCUCCUGGUGCAGCGGCACCAGCAGAGCCUGCUGCAGCAGAGCCAGGCGCUGCGGCAGCCCGGCCCCUUCCCCGGGCAGGCGCCGGAGCAGGGGGGCCCCGCGGCGCGCCAGCCCCCGCGGCCGCUCUUCCCGGUGCGGCCGGCCGCCCCGGCGGAGGCGCAGGCCGGCUUCGCCGCGGAGCAGGGCCCCGGCGGGCGGGCGCUGCCGGGGCAGGCGCCCGGGGGGCCCCCGCAGCAGCCCCUGGCCGAGCUGGUGCAGGCGGCGCUGGCCGGCCGCGGCCCCCAGCCCGGCCUGGCACGGCUCCCCACGCCGCCGGCCCCCGGCGGCCCCUCGCCCCUGGGCGCAGCCGCCCCGGGCGGUGCCCCCCAGCCCCUGCCCAGCCCCGAGCAGAGCCCCCAAGAGCCAAAGACGACGACCCCGGGGGUCUCGGCCCCCAGCCCCGCGGCGCAACCGGAGCAGGGGCUGGCGCAGAGCUCCUGGGACUCUGAGCCGGCGGCACCCGGCGCUGAGACCCCCGUCAACGGGCAGGCGGCGGAGGGGGCCCCGGCGGCCGGCGAGCCCCCCCAGGUGUCCAUCAAGCAGGAGCCCAAGGAGGAGGCGGCGCAGUGCGAGCUGGACGCCGAGGAGCCGCUGAAGCGGGAGGCCAACGGGGACCCGGCGGGCGCCCAGGCCGGCAGCCCGCUGGGGCCGGGCGCCCGCUCCGAGGCCGGGCACCUGCUGCUGCAGAAGCUCCUGCGGGCCAAGAACGUGCAGCUCUCGGCGCAGUGCCCCGGCGAGCUCAACGGGCACGCGGAGAGCCGGGCCGCCGCGCCGCAGCCCGCGCCGCCGGGCCGGGAGGACCCCUCCAUCGCCAAGAAGCCGGCGGCCGCCAAGCCCAAGCGGGUGCAGAAGGGCAGCGAGCGGGUCCCGGCCUCCCGCAAGAAGCUGCGCAAGGACGACGGGCUCAAGUCCAGCGAGGCCCUGAUGCGGCAGCUGAAGCAGGAGCUGUCCCUGCUGCCCCUCACGGAGCCGACCAUCACGGCCAACUUCAGCCUCUUCGCGCCCUUCGGCAGCAGCCCCAUCAACGGCAAGAGCCAGCUGCGGGGCGCCUUCGGCAGCGCCGUGCUCGACAGCGUGCCCGACUACUACUCCCAGCUGCUCACCAAGAACAACCUCAGCAACCCGCCCACGCCGCCCUCCUCGCUGCCCCCCACGCCGCCGCCCUCCGUGCAGCAGAAGAUGGUGAACGGCGUCACGGCCCCCGAGGAGCUGGCCGAGCAGCCCAAGGACGCCGACCCGGCCCGCGAGCCCCACGGCCACAAAGGUGAGCGCGGGGCGGCGGCGGGGCGGGCACCCAUGGUGCUGCCCGGCCCCCCAUCACACCCGGCCGCCCCCCGCGCAGACGCUGCGGCCGUGGAGGUGAAGAGCCUGGACCUGCUGGCCGCUCUGCCCACCCCUCCGCACAACCAGACCGAGGACGUCAGGAUGGAGAGCGACGACGAGAGCGACUCCCCCGACAGCAUCGUGCCCGCCUCGUCGCCCGAGAGCGUGCUGGGCGAGGAGCUGCUCCGCUUCCCCCUGCUCAGCGAGGCCAAGCCCGAGCUGGAGGAGCGCGUGCUGUCGCCCAUCAUCCCCAUCAUCCCCCGGGCCAGCAUCCCAGUGUUCCCCGACACGAAGCCCUACGAGGCCGCGGAGCCCUUCGGGGCGCCCCCCGGGAAGGUGGGGGCGGCAGGCCCGGGCGCCCCGUGGGAGAAGGCCAAGAGCAGCGAGGUCUCCGUCAUGCUGACGGUGUCUGCGGCGGCCGCUAAGAACCUCAACGGGGUGAUGGUGGCCAUGGCCGAGCUGCUGAGCGUGAAGAUCCCCAGCUCCUACGAGGUGCUGUUCCCGGACAGCCCCAUGCGAGGGGCCGUGGUCGAGGCCAAGAAGGUGGAGACGGACGUGGCUGGGAUGCUCGGUAGCAAGGACAAGGCGGCGCUGGCCGGGAAGGUGCCGGACAGCAGCUCCGAGUGGCUGAAGCAGUUCGACGCGGUGCUGCCGGGCUACAGCCUCAAGGGCGAGCUGGACCUGCUGACGCUGCUCAGACAGGAGAGCCCCGCGCCCGAGAAGGCCCUGCACCACUGCUACGUCAACAACGUCUCCAACCUGGACGUGCGGCAGCUCUCCGUCAUGCCCCAGGAGCCCUCGCCCCCGCUGUCCCCCUCCGUCCCCUCCCCGUCCAGCCCCGCGGAGGCCGCCCGGGUCCCCGACCCCGAGGCAGCCCCGGAGGCAGCCCCGGCUCCGCCGUCCCCGCUCCCGCCCGCCCCCUCGCCAGCCCCCCGGGAGGACGGCGCCGCGGCCGCCCACUCGCCGCCCCGCUUCAAGCCGCGCUCGCGGCCGCCGGAGGACGGGGACGAAGCGCGGCCCCGGCUGAAGAAGUGGAAGGGGGUGCGGUGGAAACGGCUCCGCUUCCUCGUCACCAUCCAGAAGGGGGGGGCCAAGCGGGACGGCGACAAGGAGAUCGCGGAGUUCAUCGACAAGCUGGGCACCACCCUGCGCCCCGAGAAGGUGCCGCGGGACCUGCGCAAGUGCUGCUUCUGCCACGAGGAGGGCGACGGGGCCACGGACGGGCCGGCCCGCCUGCUCAACCUCGACCUCGACCUCUGGGUCCACCUGAACUGUGCCCUGUGGUCCACGGAGGUGUACGAGACGCAGGGGGGAGCCCUCAUCAACGUGGAGGUGGCCCUGCACCGCGGGCUGCUCACCAAGUGCUCCCUGUGCCAGAAAACCGGCGCCACCAACAGCUGCAACCGCAUCCGCUGCCCCAGCGUCUACCACUUCGCCUGCGCCAUCCGCGCCAAGUGCAUGUUCUUCAAGGACAAGACCAUGCUGUGCCCCUUGCACAAGCUGAAGGGCCCCUGCGAGCAGGAGCUGAGCAGCUUCACGGUCUUCCGGCGCGUCUACAUCGAGCGGGACGAGGUGAAGCAGAUCGCCAGCAUCAUCCAGCGGGGCGAGCGGCUCCACAUGUUCCGCGUGGGCGGGCUGGUCUUCCACGCCAUCGGGCAGCUCCUGCCGCACCAGAUGGCCGACUUCCACAGCGUCACGGCCCUCUACCCCGUGGGCUACGAGGCCACGCGCAUCUACUGGAGCCUGCGGACCAACAACCGCCGCUGCUGCUACCGCUGCACCAUCUGCGAGAACAACGGGCGCCCCGAGUUCGUUGUGCAGGUCAUCGAGCAGGGCCUGGAAGACCUGGUCUUCUCCGACUCUUCGCCGCAGGCCGUCUGGAACCGGAUCAUCGAGCCGGUGGCGAUGAUGAGGAAGGAAGCCGACAUGCUGCGGCUCUUCCCCGAGUACCUGAAGGGCGAGGAGCUCUUCGGCCUCACGGUGCACGCGGUGCUGCGCAUCGCCGAGUCGCUGCCCGGCGUCGAGAGCUGCCAGAACUACCUGUUCCGCUACGGGCGCCACCCGCUCAUGGAGCUGCCGCUGAUGAUCAACCCCACCGGCUGCGCCCGCUCCGAGCCCAAGAUCCUCACCCACUACAAGCGGCCCCACACCCUGAACAGCACAAGCAUGUCCAAGGCCUACCAGAGCACCUUCACGGGCGAGACCAACACGCCCUACAGCAAGCAGUUUGUGCACUCCAAGUCCUCCCAGUACCGGCGCCUGAAGACGGAGUGGAAGAACAACGUGUACCUGGCGCGGUCCCGCAUCCAGGGCCUGGGGCUCUACGCGGCCAAGGACAUCGAGAAGCACACCAUGGUCAUCGAGUACAUCGGCACCAUCAUCCGCAACGAGGUGGCCAACCGGCGGGAGAAGAUCUACGAGGAGCAGAACCGCGGGAUCUACAUGUUCCGCAUCAACAACGAGCACGUCAUUGACGCCACGCUGACGGGGGGCCCGGCCAGGUACAUCAACCACUCGUGCGCCCCGAACUGCGUGGCCGAAGUCGUGACCUUCGACAAGGAGGACAAGAUCAUCAUCAUCUCCAGCCGGCGCAUCCCCAAGGGGGAAGAGCUCACCUACGACUACCAGUUCGACUUCGAGGACGAUCAGCACAAGAUCCCCUGCCACUGCGGAGCCUGGAACUGCCGAAAGUGGAUGAACUAGCUGGGAAAAGGGGCUGGGGGGGGCAGCAGCGCCCGCCUCGGAGACCUCGCCGAGAGACACCGGCUCCCCGGGGCCCUCCCGGGCCGCGGCAGGCGCCAGGGCAGGGCUGCGGCCGGGGCGCGGAGGCUCCGGCGGGGAGGGCGGCCGCCGCGAAGCCGCUCGGCCCUGCCCGAGCGGGACGGACGAACUGGCAACUCAGGGUUUUCUUUGCUUCGUCCUGCGAGGAGAGGGGGGGCCCCGCGCGACCCCCCCACCCGCCUCCCUGGCGGGGGAGCCCCGGGGCGGCAGAGCGGCCCCAGCGGAGCCGGUGCCAGAGCCGGGGGCGAGUUCGGAGCCGGCCUGGAUUUUUAGAAACGAAAACUAAUAAUAUUUGCUCGCUAAUUACCAAGGUAACACAGACUCCUUGAGCUCGACAAUCCGGGCUCUGCCCCGUCCGUGCCCGCACGGCGGCCAGAGCUCGCUCGGUUCCUUUGAUCUCUUUUUGUUUGUGCGUGUCGACGAGAGCCCCGGGAGCGCGUGGAGGCGGCGCGGCCUGCGGAGCGGAGCUGGGAGGAGGCGCGUGCGGCAAGGGCCCCCGACAGACACAAGGAGCUUCUGCACCCAAACCUACCUCAUUUUAAGUGUUAGAUUUUUUUUUUGUUGUUGUUGUUGUUUUUAAAUGUGAGCCCCGCACCCGCCCGGCCCUGGGCCACGCAGAGCCUCUCGCGGGAGCCGUCCCCAGGGGCCCUUUCCCUCUGGGCUGCCGCGGGGGACGCGGCGUCUCUCGUCCCCUGUCCCCUCCCGUGGACGUGGCUGCAGAAAGCCCCUGGCGGGGGUCCCCGGGGAGGGGGACGCGGGGGAACCCCUUGCCCUCGUCCCCCGCCCCGGGCAGCGGCUCAGCCCAGGGAGGCCCCGGCCACGCGACGUGCCAAGGUUUGGGGGGGCCGGGCUGGGGGGCGCGUGGGACCCGCUCCCCCGCCCCAGACCCUGAGCCGGGGGGCAGGCACGGCCACGCAAGGGCUGCCCCGCUCGUCCCCAGCACCCGCUGCUCCGGGCUGCCGGAGGCUGCGCGUGCCCGACGUCGGCACCGGGUGGGGGGGAAGGUUAUUUAUCUAUUUAUACCUUAUAUUGUAUAUACUAGACUGGGGGGGGAGGGGGGCUCUUUGUGCUCUGCUGGGCUGAGAUUUGGGGUGCGGGGGCAAGGGGGGGGGCCGUGGCAUUUUUAAAACCCAAUCUCCGAGGGGUGGCUGGGAGCCUCCUGCCAGGCAGGGGCGGCCUCGGAGAGCGAAGCAGCGAGUGGGCAUUACGCGCCGGGUCCCCCCGUCCUGGCCGCGGCGGCCUCGCCGGGACGCCGACGGGGCGGGGGGGCCGCGCGGCUCGGCGGGGGGGAGCCGGGAUCUCUUUAACGCACAAACGCACGGCGCGGGGGACCCUCCCGCCCGUUUCCCGUCACCGCCGGGGCUGGCGGGAGGAGCUGAGGCGAGUGUCGAGGUGGGGCCGGGGGCUGUGCCCGGCGUCGGCGGGUCCGGGCACCCCAGGGCCGGUCAGGGCCGGGGCGUUCUUUAAAGCUGCUUCCGCAAACUCGUCAAAGCUGCAAAAAGGUUUAAGGUAAAAAUGUUAAAAAUUUGGGGGUGGGGGAUGAGAAAGUUUUAAAAAAAAAUAUACGAAAAACUUUAACUUUCAGAGCUGUAAAUAGCCCGGGGGCGUGUAGAAAACCCGUUUUUACCAAUACCGAAACCACUGGAUGUUAUUUUAAAAUAAAGCGCGUGAGAAGCC